AAUGAUUUUCGACCCGCGCAUGGCCGCUGCUGCUGCUUUAUUAAUGUCUUCUUCUCCGCCUAAUUCUGAUAAUAAUAAUUCUUUUUGUGAUCAAUUAAAUGUAAAUGGACUUUUUGCUUCUAAUACAACUGGUCAGAAAUUAAUUUUAUCGCCACCGCUUUCAAUUAAAUCAGAAAAUGCAAAUAAUGCUAAUAGAAUAUCAACAAAACAUUUCCCAACUUGUUCUGAUCCAUAUUUACAACAACAACCAGCAUUAAAAACAUCGUUAUUAAAUGAAAAAAGUUCUUUUCGUAUAGAAACAAUUAUUUCAAACAAAGAAACGCAACAACAAAAUUCUGAAGAAAAACCAGAAGAAGAGAAGGAAGAGGGGGAGGAAUUAGUGGAACGUAAAAACAAAAAUAAAAACAAUUUUUUAUUUUCUUCCUUCCAACAACAACAACAACAAUUUGUUUCAGUUCAAAAUUUACUUGCCCAAAUGACUGGGGGAAUACAACAACAACAACCAGGAAUGAUGUUAAUGUUGGAUAAACAAUUUGUACCUUCUAGUGCUUUUAAUUUGGCGAAUGGGGAGGAUAAUGAAGAAACUAAUUGCAACAUUUCCCCAUCCCAACAAACAUCAACAAACCAACAACAACAAUUUUAUGAAAACAUGCGAAUCUCACAAACAUCCCCCCAUUCAUCCUCUAGUGAAACAACAACAACAACACCCAUAACAACAUUAACACCAAAUAAAAGAAACUCAACAAACACAUGUUGUGUUUCCGGAGGGAAAAAGGCAAGAAAGGCGCGAACAAUAUUUACUGACAAACAAUUACAAGAGUUGGAAACAAUGUUUGAACAUAAGCGUUAUUUGUCUGUUACUGAUAGAAUGGAGUUGGCUAGAAGAAUGAAUCUGAGCGAUACUCAAGUGAAAACAUGGUAUCAAAAUAGAAGGUAA